AUGUUGUUCUCCCUCAAGCACUGCUUCUUCUCAACCGCAAGUAGAGAUGAGCCGUUUCUAAACCUUGUCAUGGAGUAUGUCCUAAAGAUACUCUACCGUAUGCUUAAGAACUACAGUAAUGCCAAACAGGGGAUGCCACUUAUCUACGUCAAGCUUUACACCUAUCAGGGGGCUUGUGUAGGUUCAUACUGUUCCUGGAGUCUGCCACGGGGAUGUGAAGCGACAAAAUGUUUGGUCUUGCUGUUUGUGGCCAUCACACUGCACACCAUCAGGCAAAAUAAGGCAACGAAGGUGUACAAGUAUACCACAAGGUCAAUGCUAUAUGUGUAUGUAUGUAUGGAUAGGUGCUACUGA